GGACUGCAGUUGCCGCCAUUUCGCUCACAACGUCCGCGAGCGAGAGGCGCGCACUCUUUGCCCACUCGUAGCUACUGCCUCUGCGACCAGACCCGUCGCUGCUGCAUCGUGUGAGUGACUGAGUGCGAGGAUCAUGGACAGUGGCGAUUCCGAGCUAGGUGCGUCCAUUACAGCGAAUUUAGGGGCAUUAGACGGCAUCUCGCCCGUUUGAGCGUUUUUUUUAGCGUUGCCUUUCACGACAAAAACUGUUCUAAUGACAAUACCUCGGGUGUUAUUGCUUCUCACAGUAGCUGCACCGGCAAAUCAGCAGGAAGGAGCCCCGAUAGUGACGCCCGAGGUCGUGGUCACAGGCGAGCAGGUUACGACGGUGGUGGACGGAGCGAUUCCCGCCAGCCAGCAAGAACAAGCUCCUGCAGCGACGACUGCACCUGUUGAAGCUGCCACAGAGAUGGAUACGGCCGCGAAUGCAGCGCCACCCGCCAGUCACCAGGAAAUAGCCCUCGCGUCGACGCCCGCUCCCAUUGAGGCCCCUGAGCAGAUAAUACCAGUCGCUGAGCCCGAGCUAAGCCCUGAAAGCGCUAGCACCGACGAAGUGGAGGCCAAAGUGGAGACUGAAAGUCAAACAAAAAGCGAGGACAGUGAUAAACGUCGCAAGCGCCGAACGAGCAAGAAGGUGAAGUACGUGGAGGAGGACGACAUCUCUGAGGGUGAAGAAGCUAUUAUUGCAGAGAAGAAGAAGCGAGCACAGCAACUUGACUACCAGUUGAGAGAGGACGUGGGUUACCCUCUGUUGGACCAAAUUGUCGGACGACGGACCAAUGAGUCGUCCGGACUAGUGGAGUAUUUGUGCAAGUUCCUUGGUCGUUCAUACCUACACCUCUACUGGCUUACGUUCGAUGAGUUGGAGCUUUUCAUUCCUGAGGGAUACCAGAAGUUUCACCGCGUGCACGUGUACGACCGAAAGCUUCGACGCGAGGGUUAUCAGCCACUAGAUGAGGUGGAUGAUUUGGAGGCCAAUAAACUGACCGUGGAGAAGAUAUUGAACCACAAGGUGGACCCAGCCGACCAUUUGGAUGAGCAGAUCGAAAAGCGGCGACGUCAACUAAAGUUUGAGCCCAAAUUUCCACGUGUGACAGACUAUUUCCUGAUGAAUAAUGCCGACAGUAUUCAGGAGCGUAUGCUAGGCAUUGUGACAAAGCUGACGAAAGAAGUAGGUGGUGAUAUCUUUCAACAACCUGUGGAUAUUGAGGAAGUUCCUGACUACCUCAACUUCAUCACGAAUCCCAUGGACCUUGGAACGAUUUCCACACGACUUGGUCGGGAAAGUUACUACAUUGGACCAUCAGCCGUGUCACUAUUUGCCUCAGAUGUGAGACUGGUGUUUCAGAAUUGCAAAACGUACAAUGCCGAGGGAUCAGACAUCUGGCGCGUUGCCAACGAGCUGCUACACACAUUCGAAAAAUGGUUUUAUGACUGGAUACUAUCCCCAUCAGCGUGGCUCAAAUUGUCUCUUUCAGGAGACGCAGAGGAGGACCAGCGCCUCCAGAAAGAAUUUCGUGAUGAAGCAGAAGAAUUCUACGAUGUGUGGGCGCCUUGGCGGAUUGGCUGUUGCGUGUGUAGAAAUAACAAUCACAGUGAGGAGCUUCUACUAUGUGACCGAUGCGAUGGUGAGGUCCAUAUGCACUGUGCUACUCCUAAGAUCACGGAUUUGCCUGAAGGUGAAUGGUUCUGCGGGUACUGCCGAGCGCGUAAGAGAUUUACUAGUAAGAUGGAGAGGGUGAAGCUGGAUUUCGAAACCAAGUUGAAGAUGAAGACUAUCGAGAUAGAAGAAUCUAAUGGUGAGGCUGCCCCUUCAGCCUCUGGUUCAACUCCAACACAUGCAGACAAGAAAACGACUACCGCAUCUACACUCGCCCCCAAUAUCCUUAUGGAACGUGCCGAUGGUGAAGGUAAAGUUAACAAGAAAACGUCCAAGCGCAGCCCUAAAGGUACCAACGCGACCAAGAGCUUGGCGCCCAUCAGUAUGAAAGAUCGCGCUGCUACGUUUUUCCUUGUCAAGUGGGUGGGCAUGUCGGUUCGAUUCUCAACGUGGGAGCGUCCCGAGGAUAUUGGUGACGAUGAGCAGAUCCAGAGAUAUUUCAAGUUUAGCCGCGUGCCUAGCGCGAAGGAGAUCCGUGAGACCACGUGCCAAUUGCCAUGCUGCGCUAAGCGACACGAGUAUGCUCUAGCAACGGCCACAAGUGGAAAAAGAUGCUGUGAAAAAGACCGCUUUUGUACUCUUGGCAACGGCCACGAGGGUGAUUGUAGUCGAAGCAUCAAACCGCUGGGUGGGGCCUACGGCAGUAAUGCGUAUCAACGUCUUCACAUGCAAGAGCAAGUGAAGGCACAGUUAUUCGCUUUUCACUGUUUGCUGAACAACCACACGCCCGACAAGGAUGUGCUCAAGCAGUGCGGUAUGUACACGAACGCGUUUGUGACCACGAAACAGUACUUGGCACCUAAGGUUUCCAAAGAGGACGACGAUGAAGAUUACUCGGAUGAAGAUGGGGACUCAUCUGAUGACGACGCUGACUUCGAUGCCGAGACGGAUUAUUUGAAUCGACCAGCUUUCUAUCCUGGAAUUUUGACGCUGGAGAAUGACGACGACGAAAACGAUGAUGAAACUGGAGGCCACAAAAAGAAAACGGAAGAAGAGGUCGGUGAAGUGCUUAGCUCUAUCGUUGAGCACGUUGCGCUUGGAUACUCCACCAAACUUGAGACCGUCAGUGCUGAGUUUCGAUUCGACUCGAAAUUCUCAGCAACAGCUUUCAAGGAGCUACCAGCCUUUACGGAGUACUGUAUAAUUCUGGGUCGAUCGCCUUUCGGUUUAGGUAUGCGUCUUGGAAUCAGCAGCAACAGCAAUGUAUCGGUUCUUGGAUUUCAGGCUCUUGCGAAUGGAAUGAUUGGCCCAGCUCAGGCGUCCGGAGCUAUUUCGAUUGGUGACGUGCUUGUAGCCGUGAACAACAUCUCGGUGGCUGGACGUUCGUUUCAAGACGUCGUCACGUUGAUCGGUGCUUCUCCCCAUCAAGUUCUUUUCCACUUCCAUUCCCCCCGACCAGCGUUCAUGUACCCUCCGUACUGCCAAGCAAAGCAGAUUACGAAGAUUCGAUUGGAGAAGAUCCCCGACGAUGCGGCCCCCGAAGGCUCGAAGUACGCGGACUUCAGUUAUAACAAGUACAAACGAAUGCUCAAAAUUGGAGUUGCAGACCCAGACGUAGCUUCGGCAGCUUCGACGCAGACGUUGAUGCAACACACGAACUAUAGUGCACCAAGCGGCCCCAUGCAACAUCUUUACGCUGGGGUCGUCGACAACAGUAUCGAUCCACAUGAGCACUUCGCGAGCUUCCUCCCAGAGAGGAGAAAUGCAGCCAGUAGUGGAUCGUACGACAAGAAUGCGGGUUUUAGUGGAGAUGCGAACGAGUUUGUGCCAUACGAGCAGUCACCAACAUACAAAGGUGGCCGCACGCUGCGUGCUUAUCAGGUUGACGGUCUCAAUUGGAUGGUGUCGUGCAUUAAAGCUCAGCGAUCCUGCAUAUUGGCUGACGAGAUGGGUCUGGGUAAGACGGUUCAAAUUGUAUCGCUGAUCGAACACAUGAAGUCUGAGGAGUCCAUUCGUGGACCAUACUUGAUUGUCGUGCCUCUUUCGACUAUCCAACAUUGGCGGCGUGAGAUUGAAAGCUGGACGGAUCUCAAUGUGUGCGUGUAUCACGAUAUUGGUGACCGCUCCACCAAGUUCACGGCCAAGGACAUGCGAGCUGUCAUUCGUAACCAGGAAUGGUAUUACCCCGGUUUGGGCAACUCCAUCUUCAAGUUCCACAUCCUGCUGACCACCUUCGAGACCAUUUUGGCGGACUUCGAAGAGUUUGAGCACAUUCAUUGGCGCUUAGUCGUGGUGGAUGAGGCCCAUCGAUUGAAGAGUGCCGGGUCACGCGUGCUGAAGAUGAUGCGCGUACUUCACGUUGAUCGCAAGGUAUUGCUGACUGGCACACCGUUGCAAAACAACACCCUAGAGCUAUGGGUCCUGCUGAACUACCUGGAGCCAGUGAAGUUUGCAAGUUUGGAGGAGUUCAACCAGAAUUUCGGAAAGCUUCAUUCACAGGAACAAGUCGUGAGGCUUCAGCAAUUGUUGGCACCAUACAUUUUGCGUCGCGUGAAGGAGGACGUUGAGAAGAGUAUUCCUCCGAAGGAAGAAACGAUUAUCUCAGUGGAGCUAACGACACUGCAGAAGCAGUACUACCGAGCCAUUUACGACAAAAAUAAGAGUUUCCUGUACCGCGGAACGAAGAAUGGUCUACCGACGUUGAACAAUAUUCAGCUACAAUUGCGGAAAUGCUGCAAUCACCCAUUCCUAAUCAAGGGCGUUGAGGAGCGAGAGCUGGAUGAGCUAGGUAACAACCCCACACCGGCUCAAGUGAUGGAGAAGACGAUCGAGUGCUCAGGAAAAAUGAUGCUUGUGUCCAAGCUAAUCCCGAAGCUGAAAAGAGAUGGACACAAGAUUUUGAUUUUCAGCCAAUUCCUGAAGCAACUCGACUUGCUGGAGCGCUACUGCGAGGCCAAUUCUUUUGUGUUCGAGCGUUUGGACGGCUCUACUGGUGGAAGCGUGCGCCAGAGUGCUAUUGAUCGAUUUUCUCGACCCCACUCGAAGUCGUUCAUUUUCUUGCUGAGCACGAAAGCUGGUGGUGUGGGUAUCAAUCUCAUUGCAGCUGACACGGUGAUUAUCUUCGACAGCGAUUGGAACCCGAUGAAUGAUCUGCAAGCGCAGGCACGUUGCCACCGUAUUGGCCAGAAAAAGAGUGUUCAAAUCUACCGUCUAGUGACCCGCAACACGUACGAAAGCGAGAUGUUUGACCGUGCAUCACGAAAGCUUGGCCUAGAGCACGCCGUAUUAGGCACGGCGUCCUUUAACGAGAACUCGCAGAUCACAAAACCGUCGGCAGAGCAACUUGUCGAGCUGUUGAAGCGCGGAGCGUAUGCUCUCAUGGAGGAGGAUGAUACGGCGUCGAAGGAGUUUGCUGAACGCGAUAUUGAGACCAUUUUGAAGGAGAACGCCCGUGUUAUGGUUGUAGGCGGCGCGUCCAAUGCUAACAAGAGCUCCGAUGGCGAUACGGGCGGAGUGGCAUCACCAAAACUGAAAAAGUCUCCCCUAAAGGCUCAUAAAAGAAAGUCAUUGGGCGGAAUGGCCGUGGAUCGUUCAUCCUUCGUUGCCGAGGGGGCGACUGGUGAACUAUCCGUGGACGAUCCGAACUUCUGGGAGAAGGUUCUUCCUGGCGCUGUCUCGGUGGAAAUGCUCAGCUUGAAGCUGGAAGAUAGCAGUGCCGUGAACUCGCGUCAGUCGAAGAUCAAGUUUAUCAGCAAUUUGGAUAUUGCUCUAACGAGCUUGGUCGCUGAGAUGAGUUCAGGCAACAGUUCUGACGAUGGCCGCGUUGGCAGUCGAGACAUUCAGCACGAGUACGACAUUGCAAUCCAGGUAUUGAAUACUGUGAGCUCGAAAUACCGUGACGAAUUCUCGAACGAUCAGAUCGAUCUCGUGAAGGGAUACCUGUCAAAACUGGAAAAGUCACGUGUACGAAGCUGUCGACUAGCUCCUGCUCGAACGAACAUGUUCCAGGAUGAAGACUUUGACACACCGAAGAAGAAAAGAAGAAGGAGAAGCACACCUUCAGGCAGCAGAGCUGGUAGUAGCGAAGAUGAAGCGUAUGGCAAUACUCCGGUAAAGAAGAGAGGACGUGGUCGCCCACCAAAACAUCCGAGAACUGAAGAUGCGAACCCCCCAAUUACCCUAUUCCAAGGCGGCAUUAUCAACGAGACCGACGAUUUAUGCACUCUUUGUGGCGACGGUGGACUGAUCUUGCUGUGUGAUGGCCCGUGCCAUCGCUCGUUCCAUCUCGAGUGUGUGGGUAUGAAGGAUGAACCGAAUGACGAGCAGUGGCUGUGCCCAGAUUGUGCUGAGGGUCGUCAUAUGUGCCUGAUUUGCAAGCAGGUCGGCGAAAUGGGCGUUGAGUUUGGUGUCACACAGUGUUCCGUAGCCAAAUGUGGCAGAUUCUACCACAAGGGCUGUCUGGCAGAGAACUCGCGCGUCGAGUGGGUUGGCAAGAAGCGCUUCCGUUGCCCGAGCCACUUUUGCCAUGCCUGCUCAAAGACCAGCAACAAUCAAGCGGCUAAUAGCAACAAGAAAAGUGACGACAAGACUGGUGUAGUGAGCUGUAUCCACUGCUCUCAAGCCUUCCAUCCAGAGUGCAUUCCAUCAGCAGACAAGUUUAUACGACUAUCGAAGAACCUCAUGAUUUGCGCAAAUCAUAUAGACGGGAAGAAAGCACCAGUCUCUGCUGGAAAAACAAAAGCAUCGGGAUCAGCCCAUGCUGGUGCAGUGUUUACUCAGGCGGCAGCGCAGCAGCGACUAGAAAUCCCACAGCAUAUUCCUCUAGACGAAGAUGAGGCAGAGCCACCGGAAAAGUCGAACGGUAAGCGCAAGCGCGAGCCAUCUCCGAAGAGACCGAGCUCAAGUGGAUCGAAGAAGAGCAAGUCUGCGCAAUCAGCCAACAGGAUCGCGAAGCCUAAGAUCUGCGCGCUAUGCCACCGCGGAAACGUGAUGGGUGGGUCAGAUAGCCAAGAGCUGCCACCACCUCCUACAACGAAGCAGGGGGUAGAUUCGACGGGGACUGAUACGGCAGAUAUAGCCUUGGAGGGGCCUUUCAUUGAAGCUCCUGUGCGCUUGAAGUAUGCUGAUAAGCCCAACGAGUCCGUGUAUGUUCACUUGAACUGUGCUGUGCACUCGCCGGAAGUGUACGUGAAGGCUGAUGGUCUGAUCAUGAACUUACCCAAGGCAAUCAAGCGCGGACGACAGCUCAAGUGUACGAGCUGCCACAAGUUUGGUGCCACGGUGGGCUGCGUCGUAGCCAAGUGUCGUCGUAAUUACCACCUGCGUUGUGCUGUGGAGAGCGGUGGUGAGAUCGAUGGGACCACGUACGCUUUGUACUGCAAACCACAUGCUGCUGUGCGUAAGGAACCGACUCGCGUCUGCGUGUGCGAUGCCAGCGAAGAAGACCCAAAGCUCACGUUGAUAUGCUCGUCGUGUGACACGAAGUUUCAUCCGAAAUGCGUCAACAUGUCGGAGCGACAUGCGGCGCGUAUGGCGAAGACAUGGGUCUGCAGUGUGUGCGAUGGCUCAGCUGCGGCGAAUCCAGCGACGCCAACACAUAUCCCUGCAAAAGCAGCAUCGAAUAAACCGGCAUCGAAGAGCAAGUCAAGUAGAUCGACAAAGACGACCACCAAGACGGCCUCAAAGAAGAAGAGCAACGACAAAGCUGAAGAUGCCGCUGUUAGCCCGCCGAAGCGCAAAAAAGUGAAAAAGAACCGCUUGAGCAUGUCGCGGAAUAAAUCUCGUCCGAAGUCGAACGGAACGAACCACGGUAUUUCGCCACACAUGGCCGACUCGGAUAGCGGCAUCUCCACGGACGAGUAGGUAGAGAAGACAAGAAAAUAUAUGGUAGUGGAAUUUGAUCUACAAUAUCCUGGCCAAAAAAUCAACCGAUAUAUGUAUCCGAUCUGCGAA